UAUGGGCGGGGUUUGGUGACGCAAUCUCAAGUACAGUCAAGAACAAAGGGGAGGAACUUCGGGUACAUAAACAAGUCGAGACCGUACACCGAAGGAGCAACUUGGAUAUAAUUUCUCAAAAAGUAAAGCUAUUACAUAGAAUCAACUUUGCUAUUAAGAUCUGAUUUAUCAAGAACAAAAAUGAUCGGUAAAAUCAUUGCACAGUUCGUUGGCAGCGUAGAGGAGAAUCCCAGUGAUGCUGUAGUUGAAACUGAAGACUACACGAACCUUCUUGAGCUUGAGGAUGGCGAAUGGGUUAUCAUAAAUAUACAAGAGAACCAGUCUGUUGGCUCAUGUGAGGCAAACACGUUGGAAAACCUGUUGAUUGAGCACCCCAGCAUGUCUGUGUACCAGAUGAAGCCUGAUGAGGAAGACAUCGCUUUAGAAGAAGAAGAACCGGAAGACAUGAGGUCUCCACCAAUCAGACGUCACGUUUCUUGGCUAGCUGCAUGGGGCAGCCCAUUGCCCUGCAGCAACAUACUGCUUUCAGUGCAGCGUGCCAGAGUUUAUAAUGAGCAUAGAAAGCUGACCCGUGGCGCCCUCAACAGGCAAAACCUUACAAAAACACGCUUUUUAUCUGAGCGCCGCUACGGCUUCUUCAAGCAGCCCACUCAACGCCUGUACAACUAUUGAGCUUUAGUCUUUUCUACAUAAAAAAAUGUGAAUUGUUGUUUUCAUCUUCAAGGGGAAUACUGAUAAUCUGAUACUUUCCCCCUGUUAGUCUGUUACAAAUUUAAAGUGUCAUUGAACACAGUGUGGGUUUUUUUAAGGUGGACGUCUCAUUGGUAGUCUAACACUGACAUAACUCAGUAACAUAAGCAUGCAUUGAAAAUUCAGUUGGAUGAUUCAAAACAUGACCAUAAAGCAUUUGCAUUAGCAGUGCUUUAGUAUUUAAAGGGUGCUUAUCUGAAAGUGCAAUGUAGUAAUGUUUGUGUGAUUCUGCUUUGCUAUGGUGCCUAAAUAUCGUUUAAGUGAGAAAAAAAAUGUUCUUGAAAAUAUUUCAGUGUUGAAGCAUAUGAAAACAAGGCAAAACAAUGUGAAUCUACAUCUUAAGCCUUAUGUUUGCAUGAGUGAUAUACCAAAGUAUGUUGUGAUUCAUACCAUUACGUUUUCUGCUAACAUAUGACUUUGUAAAUAUAAAUGCAUUUUGAGGUUUUAUUUUCUAUCUUCAAGAAUACAUUUGUAAAAUCUUUAUAAAAAUUAAAAAUAUUUUUUCAUCACA